AUGGCCGAACCCAAGACACCCCCUCCCGCAGGCAUCUACGUCCCCGCGCCAACCUUCUUCGCCUCCAAAUCCGCCCAAGACUACAACCCCGUCUCCCCACCCCUCGACAUCGACACACAAGUCGCCUACUCCAUCUACCUCGCCAAAGCCGGCAUCCGCGGCCUCGUCCUCCUCGGCAGCACGGGCGAAGCUGUGCACCUGCGCAUCGCCGAGCGGGUGCGCGUCAUCUCGGGCGUGCGGCAGGGUCUCGACGCCGCGGGGUUCACGGACUACCCCAUCGUCGCGGGCACCGCGGCCCAGAACGUCGAUGAUGUCGUCGAGCAGCUGCAAGAGGCGAAGCAAGCUGGUGCGGGGUGGGGAAUCGUGUUGGCGCCGGGGUAUUUCGCGGGGUGUACUUCUCAGGAGGGGUUGGUGAGGUGGUAUACGGCUGUUGCUGAUCGGAGUCCCCUUGCCAUUUUGAUCUACCACUACCCCGCCGUUUCCAACAACGUCAAACUCGUCCCCUCCACCUACGCCACCCUCGCCCAACACCCCAACAUCAUCGGCUGCAAGCUCUCCCACGGCGACAUAUCCCACCACUGCCAAAUCGCCUCCAACCCCUCCAUCGACCACACGCGCUUCCUCACCUUCACGGGUCUCGGCCAGCAGCUGCUCCCCGUCAUCGCCGUCGGAGGCGCCGGUGCCAUCGACGGGUCCGCCGGCUUCUUCCCCCGCACCCUGGUGCGUCUCUACGAGCUUUCCAGGGAACCGCGGCCCUCGGACGAGCAGCUCGCCGAGAGGAGGAGGCUGCAGUUCAAGGUUAGUUCGGUGGAGGAGCUGGUUGUUGCGUAUGGGACCGUGGGGAUCAAGGAGGCUGUUAGUCGGUUGAGGGGGUUUGGAGAUGUGGAUGGGGCGAGGGCGCCUUUGGCCUUGGGGAUUCCGGGGGAGAAUACUUGGGAGGAGUGGAGGGAGAUUGUUGAUGCGGUGGAGGAGGAGGAGAAGAGGCUUGGUGGGUAG